AUAUUUAAUAAAAAUCGGAGCACAAGAUUAUCUCGAAAGUUCAACUGUUUCUUGAAUCUCACGAACCCUAGGCUGGAUUUCAUCUUUAACCUUUUCUUUCUCUGUGUUUAUCUGCAUCAGUGAUUCAGAUAGGCUUAAAGCAUGAUUUCUGCUGAAACGCAAUUACGGAGGUCGAUUUUGGUGUCUUAAUGAUUGAUAUAUGUACGUAGCUCUAGAGAUUCUGCUAAGGAAAGAUUUCGGAGGUUGAUUUUGAUUUGAACUGGACAACCGAUCAGUCUAUGCUAUGAGAUUUCCACGGUAGGCAGGGGCAGGAUCAACAUUGAUUUUAAAGAAACCCUAUGCUGGAGGUAUUCACCUCAGAUAAUUCCUCGAGGACUUUUAAAAGUUGAAGCUUGAAACUUGAUCUAGCCACGCUCAGUAUAAUUCACAGCCCACUCGGAAAGGUGGCUUAUAGUAAAAAUGACUUCUGUUGGUCAAUGUAACCCAAAUGAUAUUGAGAACAAUUAGAAUCCUGAAGCAUUUAGCCAAGUCAAGAAGCUACAAUAUUAAAGGGAGAGGAUAAAAUUGCAGUGAAAAGAGUGGUAAAAUUGAUGGUGGAUAAACAAUUGAAAAUCUAGCCAUUGACAGUCAUAUUAUGAAGAUGGGGGUCUUAUCAGAUCUGGAUGAGGCAAAUUUGUUUGAUGUUGCUGUUGAAGUGAGCCCACAUGUUAUCAUGGACGAAGAAGAAAUUUCUGAUGAUGUCAGUGCUGAUUCAGCUGAUUCGGUUAUGGAGUUCGAUGUCUUUGAUCUAGUAUGGAGCAAGAUACCGAGCCAUCCCUGGUGGCCUGGGCAGAUAUGUGAUCCAGCAGCUUCAUCAAUUAAAGCCAUGAAAUAUUUUAGAACAGGCAAAUAUCUGAUAGCAUUUUUUGGGGAUCAUACAUUUGCAUGGAAAGAAGCAGCGAUGAUAAAACCAUUUCAGGAAUAUUUUUUGGAGUUGCAGAAUCAGAACAAAUUGGAAAGUUUUCAUCAGGCAAUUGAUUGUGCUUUGGAAGAGUUCUCUAGGCGAGUUGAGUAUAGCCUUGCCUGCUCUUGUUUAUCAGAAGAAGUGUAUUCCAAGCUCCAAACUCAAACACUUACCAAUGCAGGAACCCCCAAGAUGUUGAGUAAAAGAGUGGGCGGGGACAGCUUUCUUACUGCAGCAUCUUUUGAUCCAAUGAAGCUUAUUUACAUUGUUAAGGAAUUAGCCAUGUCACCUUUUGGUGAAGCUGAUAAGUUAGAACUAGUUCGUGCACGUGCUCAGUUGUUGGCAUUCAAUCGGUGGAAGGGCUAUGGUGAACUGCCCAAGUUUGAUAAACACAAUGUAGUGUUCAACGAUAUUGAUCACAUUUUAGAUGUGAAAAACGAUUAUCAAAGUGAAUCAAUGGAGGAUAUAGGUAUAGACAUCAAACAUGAUGAAGCGGCCUUGAGUGGAGAAUUUAAAACUCAAGACAACUCCGUUGGCAAGUGCAAAGAUAAUUCUGAGUAUUUAAAAGACUCUAGUACAAAGGGAACUUUUUUUCUGAAUUCUAUGGCCAAGGAGCCUGGUCGCAGCUGGAAGAAAAAACAUAGAUCUGAAGAGAAUGAUGGCUAUGAAGUGAACUUGCAUGCUUCAAGUACAAAAGAUGAGGUAAGUACUGGUAUCAACAUUCCAAUAGCUCUUGUUGAUUUUAGGAAGACUGGCCAAACUUUUAAAGUUGGAGAUUCCAUUCAAAAGGUUGCUGAAUUGAAUGAGUUGAAUCCAAUAUUGAAGCACGAGGAUGGAAUAUCUCUAAAAGUUGUUUCCAAGACGAGACGAGGCAGAAAGCGCAGACAGGAGACUUCAGAACUAGUUUCUGGUGGGAACACUGGAAAUAAGUCGACUAAGACAGAGAAAAGAAUAAACAUUUCAGCCUCAGUAGAAACAUCUGAGUCUGAAUUUAUUAAGGACACUUAUUGGACUGAUAGAUUAAUCCAGGGCAUAGCUGAAGAUCGAGUAUAUUUUGAAAAUCAAAAUGAAAAUAUGGAGUCCCACGUUCAGACUCCAAGUGAAAGGGUUAUCCAUACUGGUGUGAAUUCAACCAAUCAAGAUGAGCCUCAUGAACGUAUGGAACCAGCCUCGGUGAAUAGUGUGGAGGAUCCCUAUCCCACAGCUCUGAUUUUAACCUUUACAGACUUCGAUUCCAUUCCUUCAGAACCAAACUUGAAUGAUAUAUUUAGAAAAUAUGGCCCUCUGUACGAGUCGAAGACUGAAGUAAUGAAAAAAAGUAGACGAGCCAAAGUAGUUUUCAAGCGAACUGCUGAUGCUGAAACAGCUUUCAGCAGUACUGGGAAAUAUAGCAUUUUUGGAACUGCACUUAUAGGUUACCGCCUUAAGUUCUUGCCUCCAGCCAAAGUUUCUUUGCGUCGGAGGGGGAGACCCAGAAAAGAGGCGAAUCUAAAGAAUGAGCUGUUACUUGAUGCGUGAGAUUCAGAUUUUGAGGUGUGGCUUCUAACUAACUUAUAAAGAAACUGGUAUUAUACUACUUUUGCUUUAAGUGACGUCUGUUUUCACUUCAUAUUGAUAGUUUAACUUGUAAAUAAGUAUGAAAGGGCUGAUACUUAUUUAAUAGGCAUGUUAUAAAUAAGUUUGUACAUGCUAUUUUCUGUCAAUGGGCAUAUUGGAGAGAAGUUAUGCCCCCAUGGUCCGGUCCUUUGGAUAUUUAGAUGUCACUUUUUUGUUUUGAUACACAGAUUUCUGCUCAAACGUUAGCUUGGAGGCUGAUUUAGCUUUGAACAAAGCAACCGAUCGGUCUGCACGCUAUGGAGGUAAGGAUUAUGAGUUUUGUUCUCGAA